AUGAGCCCCAAGACACGCGCGAUUGCUAUCUUUGGGGUAGGUCCAGGGAUCGGCCGCGCUGUUGCUGUACAAUUUGCGUCCCAGGGUUUCAGCCAUCUUAUCUUACUGUCACGAAAUGCGCAGAGACUCCAAGAGAACAAGGUCGCUGUUAUGUCUGCUGCUGGGAGCUUGGACAUUUCAAUCUAUACUAUUGUGGUAGACUUGUCAAGCCAGGCAUCGCUUCAAGCCGCCUUCGACCAUAUCGACAGUUUAGGUCUGGACCUUGAGGUAGCCUUGUACAAUGGUGCCAGGGUUUCUCCCACGCCACUAUUCGAGACUCCCGUCCAGGAGAUCGAGGCAGAUUUUAAGACAACCACAGUUGGGCUCUACUCAGUUGCCAAAUGGGUCCUUCCAAAGCUCCAAAUCUUUGCAAAGGCAUAUCCACAUGCCAACCCAUCCUUAAUCGUGACUGGCGGAUUCCUGCACAAGACUCCAAUCCCCGAAUUUUUCACGCUCUCCCUUGUUAAGACAGCCCAACGCAACCUUGUUCAAAGCUUGCAUCAAGUCUAUAAUCCACAAGGUGUCCACGUUGGUCUAGUGCUUGUUGGUGGAAUGGUGUCUCCAGAGGCAAAAGUGCUAAACCCUACUCACAUCGCCAAACUCGUAUGGGAAUUCUUCGAAAACAGGAACGAUCUGGAGGUUGAGCUGGAGGACAAAUAG